CGGACUGGGUCCGUUCGACUGGCUGCGCUCGCUGGCGGUGCUCUCUCUUCUACACAUCACCAUGGCGAAUCCAGUGCUCUCAGUGCUACCCGUCCGCUACAUAGUUGUGGCGGUGACGUUCUUCGGCUUCAUCAUCAACUACAUGCUGCGCAACAACCUGAACCUGGCCAUUGUGGCGAUGGUGAACCACACGGCGGUCAACUCGUCCGACUCCAGCGGCCAGAAUGACGGCCCGUUCGUCUGGGACGAGAACAUCGUCGGCCAGAUUCUGGGCAGCUUCUACUACGGCUACAUCUGCACCCAGAUCGUGGGCGGACGCACCGCCGAGCUGACCAGCGUCAAGUACAUCUACGGCGUGUCACUGCUGCUGGCCGGUCUGCUGACCUUCCUGAUCCCGGCCGUGUCCUACUGGGACUACCGGGCGCUGCUCACUGUCCGGAUCGCCAUGGGGUUCGUGAUGGGCGUGGGCUUUCCCUCCGGGUACGCGCUGCUGCGCGCCUGGGCGCCUCCCAACGAGCGCAGCACCAUCAUAUCGCUGGCCUUCAACGCGUGCAACAUCGGCACGGCCAUCACCAUGCCGCUGGCGUCCGCCAUCAUCAACGGCAUCAGCUGGGAGGCGGUCUUCUACAUCCAGGGCUCGUUCGCGCUGGUCUGGUUCAUCUUCUGGGUGUUGCUGGUAUACGACAAUCCUGAGAAACAUCCUUUCAUCACCGAAGAAGAGCGUCUAUUUAUUGUCACAGCCAUCGGCAGCGGCCAGACCAACGAACGGCGCCUGCCACUGCCGUGGAAGGAAGUGCUGACCUCCCCUCCUGUCUGGGGGCUGAUCAUCACCAGCUUCUGCAACAACUGGGGCUUCUACACUCUCCUUAGUGACCUGCCGCAAUAUUACAGCAACGUUCAACACAAAGACAUUUCUCAAGAUGCCGUCUUUACUUCGCUGCCUUUUCUUUUGAUGUUCGUUUUCGGGGUCGCGUACAGCGUGUUCAGUGACUACCUGCGGAAGAAGAACCUGCUCAGCAUCACCAACAUCCGCCGCCUGGCGCAAGUCGUCUCACAGGCGCUGGUUGCCGUCACGCUCAUCUGUAUCGCGUUCCUUGGCGAGUACGAGACGGCCGUGGAAGCACUGGUGUUCGUCGGGGUGGGUCUUAUUGGCGCCGGUUACUCUGGCUGGCAAACAGUGCCCGUCGACAUGGCACCCAACUACUCGGGAUCACUGGUGGGCAUCUACAACACGUUCGGCAGCAUCCCCGGCUUCCUGGCGCCGCUGGUGGUCGGCGCGCUCACCGAGGGGCACGAGACCCUCGACCGAUGGCGCUGGUGCUUCCUCAUCCCGGCGGCGCUGAUGCUCUUCGACACGGUCGUUUUCUUGGCGUUUGGUAGCGGUGAGGAGCAGCCGUGGAAUCGGAAAUACUAUCAGCAGAAGGACGGUGGAGCUCAGGAGACAGGGGUUUCUGAGAUAAGUGACCGCGGUGAAGCAGCCCCAAAAGUAAAACCCAGCUUGCAGGAGCAGCGCGGAAAUGACAAUAUGAGCUACGACAAUGCUCCUGUUUGAGCAGGCAACUGAAAUAUAUAAUGGUCCUGGUGUGGAAUAUAGGUAUUACAAGACAAGCAGACAUGUUUAAAUAAUGGACCUGGGUACGCAUUUU